UCGCGCCGCUGUCAGUGCGGCUGGGCGCGCGAGCAGCGCGGGCGCUGGGCGGGCUGAUCUAAGAAAAGCCGAAGGGGCGGUAGCGACGGCGGGGGCGACUUCCCUCCCUCCCCCCCGGCGUGUGCUCACCUCCCUUCGCCGCGGCCGGGUCCGCCCUCUUCCUCCCUGCCGCCCCCGAGUGCGGCGGCACCGCCUUCUUCUGCGCCGCGCGGCUUCUUCUAGACCUCUUGGCGCGGGUGAUACCUAUUCGCAGAGGUGCUGGUGACUGACCCUGUAACCCUAAAGAGGAAAUUGCUGACUGAGCUCAACCUUGGUAGCCACCAUGUCCUUGAAGAUCCAGACAAGCAACGUAACCAACAAGAAUGACCCCAAGUCCAUCAACUCUCGAGUCUUCAUUGGAAACCUCAACACAGCUGUGGUGAAGAAGUCAGAUGUGGAGACCAUCUUCUCCAAGUAUGGCCGUGUGGCCGGCUGUUCUGUCCACAAGGGCUAUGCCUUUGUUCAGUAUGCCAAUGAGCGCCAUGCCCGGGCAGCUGUGCUGGGAGAGAAUGGGCGGGUGCUGGCCGGGCAGACCCUGGACAUCAACAUGGCUGGUGAGCCCAAGCCCAACAGACCCAAGGGGUUAAAGAGAGCAGCGUCUGCCAUUUACAGUGGCUACAGCUUUGACUAUGAUUACUACCGGGACGACUUCUACGACAGGCUCUUCGACUAUCGGGGCCGCCUGUCACCAGUGCCUGUACCCAGGGCUGUCCCGGUGAAACGACCCCGGGUCACAGUCCCUUUGGUCCGGCGUGUCAAAACCACCAUCCCUGUCAAGCUCUUUGCCCGCUCCGCAGCCAUCACCACCAGCUCAGCCAAGAUCAAGUUAAAGAGCAGUGAGCUGCAGACCAUCAAGACAGAGCUGACGCAGAUCAAGUCCAACAUCGACGCCCUGCUGGGCCGCUUGGAACAGAUUGCUGAGGAGCAGAAGGCCAACCCAGAUGGCAAGAAGAAGGGCGACAGUGGCAGUGGUGGUGGCGGAGGCAGCGGCGGCGGCAGCGGCAGCGGCAGCGGCAGUGGCGGCAGCAGCCGGCCACCGCCCCCCCAAGAGGACACAGUUUCUGAGGCAGGCACGCCCCAGGGAGAAGCACAGGCUCGAGAUGACGGCGAUGAGGAGGGGCUGCUGACACACAGCGAGGAAGAGCUGGAGCACAGCCAGGACACAGACGCGGAGGAUGGGGCCUUGCAGUGAGCAGCCUGACAGGAGUGAUGGCCACUGGCAGAAGAAGGGCGUGCACUCUACCAGGCCUCAAGCUGGGCACCCACCCCUGGAUGCCGCCCCAGCUGGUCCCAAAGGAGAGUUGGCAGCAGGCACCUCAUCCUCCAUGCAUCCCAGCCAGUGCCACAUCCUCUGCAGGUGGAGUUACUGGCCUCCCCUCCCCACGUACCCUCCCUGUUGUCACUGCCCAGGCUAGAGGGCAGAGCACAGAGUUUUCCUACACUCUGCCUCCCCUCCCCAGGACACUCCCAGGCUUGGGGUUUUUCUAUAGGUUUGGUGAGGGGUGGGGGGCACAGGAGGAAACCCUGACAAUAAAGAAAUUGGAU